GGAUUUUUCACCCAAGUGGCCCUGGCCCAGCAGAGCAACUCGCAUUGAGCACGCCAUGGAUGCGGGUCCGUGUGACGCGGUCGCAGUCGCCGACGUGCUCCCAAGGCGGCGAAAGCAGACCACGCGUGGAGGAGGUGUGUCGCUGGUCGCCAGCGCAUGCCACCGAGCAAUUGGGCAGAUGGGCCAGGUCUGGACGACCCGAUGUGGCACAGGAGAUGCUCCAGGCGAUGAGCAUCGCCAGGCUGCAGGUGAACCUCAUCCACUACAACGUGGUGCUAAGCGCCUUCGGCCCCGUUCCGCAGUGGGCGUCGGCGGUGAGCGUGUUGGGCCGCCUCAGAGCCUGCGGUUUGCUGCCCGAUGCCUUCAGCUUCACCCACCUCUGCAGUGCCUGCAACAGCUGGCCCAAAGCCCUGGGCCUCCUAAGUCAGCUGCCUGCGUCGAACACCAUCUGCUUCAACGGCUUGAUCCGUGUGGUAGAUCGAGACUGGCCGUUGGCCAUGGAGAUCCUGCAGGUGAUGUCUCAUCGCAGGUUGAAGCCUGAGAGUUGGACUGCAAGCUCUUGUGCCGCCGCAUGUAAGGAGAAGUGGCGGAUGGCCUUGCAGUUGCUGGAAGUGGAUGGAGGUGAUGUCGUUGUCAACACGGUGGUGUCACCCUGCGAGCAGGCGAAGAGCUGGCGGAGGAGCCUGCAAGUGCUGCUGGGUGGAGCUGUCCGAAGGCUCUCUGCAAGUGUGUUGCGCCACUCAGCGGCUGUUGCGGCCAUCGACUGGGCCAUGGGCUUGCAGCUGUGGGAGGAGAUGCGGAAGCUGUUGCUGUGGCCCAAUGAGAUCACCUGCAGCUCUGCCUUGACCGCCUGUGGGAGAAGCGUCACCUGGCGAGCGGCGGCCUCGCUGCUGGUGGGCGCGGAAGAGACGACGGUUCGACCAAAUGCCAUUUGCAGACGCAUGGCCACCGUUGCCUUUGAGCAGGCUUCUCAGUGGGCCGAUGCUUGUGUUCUGGGAUCGGAGGCGGCCAGUCGUCCAGUGGCCAUCGUGGCACUGGGCUCCUCCUCGCGCUGGCGCCACGCCUUGCAGUUCCGAAGUGCCUCCUCUCGAGGCAUUGGUCCCAGCGAAGAGGCUGCGGCGCUCCUCGGCGGUUUGGCCACGGCCGGAGCUUGGGAGAUGGCGCUCCAGGAUGCCUGGUGGAAGGAUGUGUCGCCACCAGCUUUGCACUCGAUUCUGCGGGCCAUCGCUAAGGCUCGACGUUGGCCACUGGCCUUCCGGCUGCUGCGCCACCUGCAACUGCUGCGCACACGUCCCAGCGGUGGCGUUGCAUACAGCAUUGUACUGGAUUCUUGCGACACAGCUGGCGCUUGGAACACUGCUUUGCACCAGCUGGAUGCGCCAGUUGUGCUGGCUGCUAUGCCUGCGCCGGUCGGCAGCUGCCCAGGGGCAGGUGCGGCAGUGUCGGCCUGCCAAAGGGAAGCACAGUGGCGCUGGGCAUUGAGACUGCUGCCUGAGCCUGCGGAGCCUGCGGAUGAGAUGAGUUUUGUGUCUGCGAUGAAUGCGAUUCCUGCAUGGACUCGUGCCAUUUGGCUGUUGUGCAGUUCGCCACUGGCAAGGAUCCAGCCGCAUGAACGGCUCCAGAACAGCGCAGUGGCCAGCGCCGCGGCCGGGAGUGCAUGGCAGCUGGCGAUGCAUGUGCGGCCACGCGUGGGGGGUGCGGCAGAGCUGGAGGUUUUAGCGGCCUGUGAAAGGAGAGAUCUGUGGACAUCAGUCACCAUUGGCGUCCAGGCAGUGCAGGACGUGGCCCUUCUGGGCCUGCAGGGCGUCAGCGACAAAAAGGUCGACUCGGUCAGAGUUACCACCAUCCCUAAGCAUCAAGCCGUGCGUGUCGUGCCGUUCCUGAACGCCCUCGAUCUCCGACGCCAGCUGGAGUCCGGCCCCCCGGACACCGAUGUCCAGGGAGCGGACAAGUUCGCCUUGGUGGAACGUGUGACGCAGCUGACCUUAGCUUCGCAGGUGAACUGCUUCGAAGCCAUCUUGGGCCUCCACAAAGAGAUUCUGGGCCUAGAAGCACCGAAAUGGAUGGAAGUGAAGCGUUGGGCAGAGCGUGCAGAGGUCUCCCUUCGCUUCACGGCAGAGGAGCGAUGUAGCUUCCUGAGAGAAGAGACUCGAGAGGUCGAAGAUGCCAGCAGAUCGGUGACCGAGUUCUCGGUCGGCUAUGCCAUGGGAUUGACCAGCAAGACGGUCACCAAAGAGACACAGUUCUUUUGGAACUUUGAGGUGACCUACAAGGUGGAGCUCCUUCGAGGGGUGGGAGCCGAAGCAUCAGAUCGACUUUUGUUGCAAAGCCACUCACAGAGCACCGAGCUCAAGAAUAAGACCAAGGUGUCCCCGCGCCCAGCAGCCAAUGUGCCAGCACAUUGUGAAUCAGUACGCAUCACGGAGCUCCUCAAACUUUUGCACGACGGAGGUCUCCGUCCGAUCUUCCAGAUUGACCGGUCUUCGCCGAAGACGAAGACCCCCCGGAGGAAUGCCCAGACGGCGGCGAUCGCCGAGUAUUUGGAGAAUCUGGUGCGGUUCUUCAUGUCAGUCACCAGAUACCUCGAGAGCCUUAGCCGCCGGGAUGCUUUCACGAGCUCUGCGAACCUCUCUGCUGAAACAAUUUUCGUCCCUGCGUUGCCACUCUUUGCGGAUGCGGAAGACGUUGAUCUGCAGGAGGUUCAGGAAUCAGGGCCUCUGUGCCUCUGCAAUGAGACUGAUCGAGAUGGCCCAGUGAUCUCGGUGGCGGAUGGCAACCGACUGCUGAAGGAAGAGAUGCGAACCUGGCUCGCGAAGAAGGAGAGUUUGGCUGAAGAGGUGCAAGACCGCGGCGUCUUCACACCAGGGGCGGCUUUUCUGCUAGUGGGAUUGCUCCAUUGCUUGGAGGUGGUGAAACAGUGGUGUGGAAGCCUGAACUUUGUGGAACAGAUGCUGCAGGAUCAGUUGGUCGCUGCCAUUGGGAAAGAGGUCACAGUGGUGGAUUUUGCCCAUUACAUGCGCUUUCACUAUCGAAAGCUCUUCCGCGAGGCGUUUCAGCCCACGGCCUUCAGCUUUCCGGUCCGCCGGGACCCGCGGCAUUCUCCGGAGGGCACCCUGAGCAUCGAAGAGAAGGGAGGAGUCUCCUUUACUGGUAAUGUGCACCUUCACGCAUGGCUAGCUCAUGAGUUUGCCGGACAACGCUCGAGCAGCUUGUCCUUGCUGUCUCGGGCGCAGCAGUUCAGUUGCUUCAUGGUGUUGGUGGGUCGAGUGACUUCAGCGACGGAGUUUGAUCCCAAGUAUGCCAUCUUACUGCAGAACAAGGACGAACUGGAGAUUCCUCUGGAUUUGUCGACGAUCCCCACACCGCAGGAGUUCAAGGACGCCAUCGAGUCUCUGUCCCCAGAGCAGCAAGCCUUCGCCAAGGCCUUCCGUGCCAUGCAGUUGGAGAGCACCUUGUUCGGAAUUGUGGUUGUGCAGAUCAAGCCGCAGCUGGAGCAACUUCUCAACUUGCCGGUUGAUAGCCUCACCAAAGAGAUCAAACUGACGCAGGAGCUGCAGCUUUUUCUUUUUGGCGCUGAGAUCUUGCAGCUCUUCGUGAAGUUCCAAAUUCCCAGCGACUUGCUCUCCUUCUCGCCCGACCUGCUACAGCCCCAAGAGGCCGCCACACCGUGCAAGCGGCUGGAAGUCGUUCAGGCGCAGGUGAAAGAAAUGACAUCGAUGAUUGAGGGCGAAAAGGUGCAGGAGCUCCAGGUGCGCAAGGCAGAGGAGGAGUUGAAACAAGCCGAACAGCUGAAGAAGCAGAAGAUCUCGGAGGAGAUGCGCUGGGGUGACCGUCAGUCAGAUUGGCGACCGGGUGUUUCCGGUGGAGACCGGGGGUUGAAGAUGGCACGAGAGAACUGGAGAGGUGAGAAUAAGUCUGAGUCAAGGAUAAUUCAGAUUCGAAAACGAUUUCCAGGUCAGAAUUCCAUGAAUCAAGCAAACCUCAGGAGAGUUAAGGAUUUCAAAGGGGGAGCAAUAGCAGAACAAUAG